AUACAGCGGUGGCGGCGAUCGCCUGUCUGCGACACCUCAAGACAAAUUAUGAAAUAGUGUGUAAAAUAUUUGCAGUUUCUUAGUGAAACUCUUGUUUAUAUAGUAUAAUACUCUAGUCACGCAUGGUCGCAAGUCCUAUACAAGCAAUGGUGAAGUGUGUGGUGUGAAACUACUCAGGAAGUGAUAUCUCAAAGUAACGGAUGUUUUACUGAUAAGACCCUUGGACUUUUUGUCAUGACUACAAUGCAAGGAUGUAUAAGUGGACAGGAAACCCCGCUGGACGACCUCCCAUCAUGGAAACGCGAAUUGAUCCUUCGGAAGAGAGCCAAUGUGAGAAUGCAUGGAGGAUUUGGUCUUCCGACUCCCACCCCUCCGAUGGCGGGUCGUGGACGAGGCUCGCUGAGUGGCCGCGCCCAGCCCUCGUCAUCCUCGCUGAGUGGCCCCCACCAGGCGGUGUCACGCUCGCUGAGUGGGCCGCCCCCCUCCCACCCCCACCCGCCGACCCAUGCGAACAGCAACGCGGUCAGUUCACGUUUGGACGGUGUUCGUGCGAGUGGCGGUAGUGGUGGUGAGAGAAAUGAGAACAAGAAAUAUGCUGUAACGAGUGAGAUAUCGAGUGCCAACAUAGCCAGCAACAUGCAUCAUAAGGGCUUGAAUGAUGAGGGCCCUCGGGUAUCCUCGCCCACUUAUUCUUCGUACAGUGAUUCCUUCGGGCAGGAAGAAGACGAGGAACUUAGUUAUGGCCCGGGCAUUGUGUCCAAACUUAAGAACCGGUACAUGAGCCUUGCCAUGAGAGAGAGCCGCGCCCGACCUUCUUUGCGGCGGUUCAGCUCCCUUGAGGACUUGUUAGACACUGAGCCCCGUGGGCCGUGGCAGGAGCGUGGCACCGCGGAUGUCAAGGCCCGCGCAGUGCCAGAAACCGCUGCCACACACAGACGGGAUGUGAUGAAAAGAGCUCGUUCUGUGGACUCACUGAGCAGUAGGCUAACCGAGGAGGUGGGUAGGGGCAGAAGCGCGGGUCUGCCCAAAAGCAAGUCAGCAACCAGUCGCCUGCAAUCUAGUCUAUGUGCAUUGGGCAAGGAUGACGUCAUCAUCAUAGAGACGACCAGACCUGUUGGCAAAGAGCAGAAGGCAGUGAACGGCGGUGCCCGGACGGUGGAUGCGGGGGAGCCGCCUCCUCUCACCCGCAAGCUGUCGUCCUCCAGCCUGGCCGAGGACGAAGAGAUGCCGCCUCCCGACACAGUGCGGCAGGUCAAGCGGAUGUUCGAGCCCUUGGCAGGGCGCCCCUUGCGUGGUGCUGCCGCCCGCGUGGCCGCCCACAAAGCCCAGCAGGCCUCCAAGACCAAUGGCAUCAGCCCCGUGGCCAAGCCCGCCCUCAAAGCCAAGCCCUCGGUGGUGCCCCCAGGCAAGGUCUCCUCCCCGACCUCCCCCUCGCUGCCCGUCACGAUCGAGGAGGCCAAGUCGUCCCUGCGGCAGGUGGGCCAGGUGAAUCGGGCGUCCCCCAGGCCCACCCUCAGCGUGCGGGCCACCGCUCAGAACGGCGACGCGGGCGAAGGGCAGAACGGCGUGCAGGAGAGAGCAGGUGUGGCCAGGGUGCGGCCCGGCCUGACCCCCGUCACCGCUUCGGUCACAGCUCCUCUGGUGAACGGCGAGCCCGGGAUUGCCCUCGCCCACACCCACGGCGAAAGUGGCAGUGCGCACGAGGGCGUGAAGAGGGUAUCCCAAACAGCUGUGUCCAACAUCAGAAAGGAGAGCCACUCUCAGGAAUUCAACUUCACUGCUGCCACUCGACCUGCUGGCAACUCGCAGUCAGGGCUGCAGGCGGCCAGGCCCUCCUCCCCCACGCCCACGCCCCUGCCCGCCUCGCCCGUGGCCUCGCACAGAGUGCCCACCCACUCAGCCUUCAGUAGUAAGGCAGACAGGGCACAGGAGAGUGAUCGCGUCCUACAGGAGAACCUCAAGAACGUGGAAAAGUCGCGGCCGCAGAGACAGCAACAGACUGCCAAAGUGGAACCUCCUGCGAGGUUAGAGUCUAAGGUUGAACCCUUGAAAGAAACCAAAGUCGAACUUGUGAAACCUACCCCUACAAAAGUAGAUCCUGUGAAACCUACUCCUACAAAAGUGGAUCCCGUAAAAUCUACUCCAACGAAAGUGGAUCCCGUGAAACCCGCUCCCGAAGUGGAGCAGCCCCCUAAGUGGUCCCCUAAAAAAGUGGCCCCCCCCAAAAGCGAAUACCCCCAGUCCCCAGUGCUCAGCAAGCCCUCUCCCGCCGACGAGCUGGUGCGGUCCUCGGGCAAGGGCUCGCUGGUGGAGGCCGUGAACACCUCCAACAAGCAGGCCUCCACCAACGGCGCGGGCGGCCUCUCCACGCCUCCCCUCAAGACGGCAGGACUCAGGGACAGGUGGCACCAGCAGGAGAACAACACCAUCGUCUUCAACUUCACCGCCAGUAAGAAAACCACUCCGGACUACAUCGAGAACGAUGGCGUCGACCUGUCCAAACGGAGACCUGAGGUGAGUAACAGCAGCGAGAAGAGAAAACAAGGCGGCGGAGUGACGUACAGUAAGACUAAAGACCCAGUGUUUGUUUGGGGGAAAUGAACGGAAAUCUCCUCGUACGCAGGAAGGGAGGCUGCUGCUCUACUUCGCUCAUUACCGGUACUUUCGCUGAAAGUCGUCUUUUGUGGAGGGAGGGCGAGAAG